AUGCCAAGAAAAAAAUCAGCAACUAAAAAAGCACGCGAGACUGUUACAAAGGAGCAGGCAGAGAAGCAAUUGCCCAAAAACAACGGCAAAAGUCAAUUGAUUGAUGAUAAUAUCUCAGAAGAAGAAGACAAUUUAGGUUCUUUUAAAAUUAAUGAGAACUUCGCCAAAAGAUUUGAACAUAACAAAAAGCGAGAAGAAAAGCAGAAAUUGGAAGAAAAAUAUGGUAAAGAUUUAGCAAAACAAAAUGUUUCCGAAGAUGAGGACGAGAGUUCCGAAGAAAGUGAAGAUUCCGAAGGAGAAUUGGUGACACCUGAGGUAGAUGCUGCAAUUCUGAAGAUUCUCACAAAAAUUCGAAAUAAGGACCCUGAUAUUUAUAAUAAUGGUCAACAGUUUUUCGAUGACACGGAAAAGUCAAUUAAGUCAACAGUAAAGGAAAAUAAAGGUCGACCAGUUACUUUAAAGGAUUAUCAUCGUAACCAACUCAUCUCUGGCAACGUAAUGGAAGCUAUGGAAGAAGACGAGAAACCUCGUUCUGAGGUACCAACACAUGUAGAAGAGCAAGAACAGCUUCGUAAAGAAACCAUUCAAGCUUUCCAUACUUCACGAGACGAGGAUGAAAAUUCACAUGAAAACGAUGGUGAGGAGGAGGAGGAGGAGGGAGAAGACUUUCUUAAGAGAAAGGAGAAAUCAAAGGAUGACGUGGAAGCAGACGAGAAAGCUUAUGAGAGAUUUUUGUUAGAACACGCCGAAACUAAAGAUGCCAGUAAAGUGUUGAAAGAUUUAUCGACUUACUAUGUUAAAAACCGACCCGAAGUUUUACAGGGUAUAGAGAACGAAGAGAAUGGAAUCGCAGAACAAGAUGAAAAUUUUUUGGCGAAUUACAUGUUAAACCGUGGUUGGCGUACAUCGGAUAACCGUAUUCCCUCCUACGACGAAAUUGUCGAAGAGGUUGAUGCUGAUAAUCAAUUCGAUGAGACAGCGGAUAACUUUGAGACGAAGUAUAAUUUCCGUUACGAAGAAACAGGUGGAUCUGAAAUUGCUGCACAUCCUCGUGAUGUUCCUGAUAGUAUGCGUCGUAAAGACGAUACUCGAAGACUUGCUCGUGAGCGAAAGAGAGAACGCCAUGAAGAAGAGAAACGAAAGCGAGUUGAAGAAAUGAACAGAUUAAAGAAUCUCAAACAGAAGGAUCUUGAAGAAAAAUUGAAUCAAGUUGCUGAAAUUGCAGGAACAAAUGAUAUCGAUAUUUCUGAAUUGGAUCUGGAAGGCGAUUUCAAUCCUGAAGAAUGGGAAGCUAAAAUGGCACAGAUUUUCAAUGAUAAAUAUUAUAAGGAUGAUUCUGACAAGAAACCUGAAUUUGUAGAUGAUAUUGAGGUUGAUGAUCUUGCACAGCCGAAAGAAGGCAGUGGGUCUCAAGUAAAUGAUAAUGUUGUCGACUUGCCCGAUGAUGCAGAAACGGCUGACGGAAAUGAAUCUCAGAAAAAGGCAAAGCGCCAAUCGAGAAAGGAAGCCAAAAAUAAGAAAAGGAAAAUUGAAGAAUACGUUGAUGAAAAGUACGGUGUUCCUGAACCUGUUGCUUCCAGUGGUUCUCAGUUUAGAUAUCGUCAAGUUGCCCCAGAAACCUUCGGUAUGGAUGUGCUUGAUAUUUUGAACGCAACGGAUACAGAUUUGAACAAGUAUGUAGGUUUGAAGAAGCUGUUGCCUUAUCGAACGCCCGAACAGGUUGAGAAAGACAGAAAGAAGUUUGGCAAGAAGAAGAGGCUGCGUGAAUGGAAAAAGGAAGUUUUUGGUAAAAAGGAUUAG